AUGACCGAGGGUGCAGAAGGUUGCAGCGACGAUCCGCUGGCUUCAUUGCAGUUAGACGUCGCUUCUGGUGGCCCGUCAUCAGAAAGCCAACAGCCAGAGAGUCAGGCGGAAGUGUCCACAUUGUGUAUAUCGUCGGCGGACAAUGAUAUCGACAAAAUAAUCGCCGGCGAAUGGCAUGGCGGAGAAUGCAAAACAGGUUGUUGUAGCAGGUGUGCUUUCAGAGAAUGGAGGCUGGUCGGUGAUAAGUUGCAGUUAUUUUGUUUCAAAGACUAUGAUGCGUUGAUAGCAACUCGUCCAGCGAUAGCUAACAUACAGUUUUGCUUCCGGUUCAAGUCCAGCCCGAAAUGUCUGAAGCAUCCGAACGUGCCGAACGCAAAUUGUUUCAUAUUUUUUGACAUCGUCUCGGGUGAUAUCCACAAAAAUUGGAUGCAAGUGGUGCGCCGAUUGAAAGAGACGUCGGCCAACGCAACGGUCGCACAGCUGCGCCGGUGGUCGCGGGCCGUGGACGAGAACGGCAACACUGCGCUAAUAUUGGGAGCCAAGCGGCUAAUGAACUGCGGAUUGUUUAAACGAGCGUACCAGUUCGCAGUCAUGAUGCUGAAAUUCGGUAGUGACGUCAACUGGUUGAACAACGGCGGUCGCUCUUUAAUUACAUACACUGUCCAUUACAUGGAUCAGGCUAUAGACAUCACUAGGCUCUUAUUGAACUGUGGAGCAACCGUGUGGCUCGAAGAUUGCAAUUCGGAACCUAGACUUCACUAUGUGAAAUUACUGAAGGAAUACCGCACAAAAACGGAGUCGGAUCUGCAGCGAUGUCUGACCGAUGACCCGAUCGAAAGCCCACUGGACAGCAUAUUCACUUGGUUCCUACGUUCCGUCAUGAUCAGAAGGCGCAUGGACGACAGUUGUCUGCGCACAUUGUCACUACUCUCACAGUCGAUGGGCGAGGACCCGACCAGGAUGCACUCGCACGUCAUGCGCACCAUGUUCAGUCACGCUCAGUGUUACAAUAUAUUCGGACCGGUGUUUUUCCAGAUCAAAAAGGCCCUGGCACCCCAGUGGGUGCAACCGCACUCGCUGCAGCAGCUGUGCCGCAAGUCCAUACGGCGGUCGCUGUUCCGCGGCCGCCACGGUAACGCGCACCCCGACACGGUGGCCGAGCUGAACCUGCCCAAGCCCCUGGAGUCUUACGUCUCCUACCACGACUGA